CGGCAGCGACCCGAUUGAUGCCGCUCCGGAUCAGUCUCCUGGUUCUCUGCAUUAUCAACCACGCUGGUCUGACCCGUCGCUCGCCAUGGAAGAAGCCAUUCCCAAAAUCCCCAACCUUGAACUGGCCCAGUACUGCUUUUCGCUGUCGCAUGGCCUGCCCUCGUCCCAUGCAGCGGCACAGAAGGCGCUGAUGGACGCCAUCACAGCUAACGACAUGGCGCCCUUCUAUCAGUACCUCAUAGAGAAGCUCAAAUGGGCUCCUGAUGCCCAGCUCCUGGCAAAAAUGAAGACUGCCAACGAUGCCGAGCUGGCUCGCCUGCAGGAGAAGCUCGAGGAUGCUGAGGCCAAUCUGGGCGAAACCGAGAUCAGCGACGCCCUGACCGCCAAAGCCUUCUAUUUGACAAAGAUCGGCGAAAAGGACAAGGCCGUCGAUGCCUACACCACAGCCUUCUCAAAGACCGGUCCCUUGGGCCAACGCAUCGAUAUUCUCUUUGCUACCAUUCGCAUCGGGUUCUUUUUCGACGACAAGGAUCUGGUGUCUCGUAAAAUCGGCGAAGCUAAGCGGUUGAUCGAAGAGGGCGGUGACUGGGACCGACGCAACCGCCUGAAGGCCUACGAAGGCAUCUACAAACUCUCGAUCCGGGAUUUCAAGGGAGCCGUGAACCAGCUGAUCGAUACUCUGGCUACCUUCACCUCGACUGAGCUGAUGGACUACAAGGAGUUUGUCCGCUACACUGUCCUGGCAGCCACUCUGAUCCUGCCUCGUCCCGAUUACAAGAAAAAGAUCAUCGAUUCACCCGAAGUCCUGGAGGUGAUUCACGAAAUCAACAAUCUCUCGGACUUUGCCAACUCAAUAUACACGUGCGACUAUGCUCGGUUCUUCCAGUCGCUCGCUACCAUCGAGCAAGAAAUCAAGUACGACCGCAUCCUUGCCCCUCAUUAUCGGUAUUAUGUGCGCGAGAUGCGGAUCCUUGCGUACGCCCAGCUCUUGGAGUCCUACAGAAGCCUCACCAUCGAGUCGCUGGCCAACUCCUUCGGCGUGUCGCAAGAUUACAUCGACAGCGACCUGUCAAAGUUUAUUGCUGCAGGACGCCUCAACGCCGUCAUUGACAAAGUCGGAGGCAUUGUCGAGACCAACCGCCCCGAUGCAAAGAACGCACAGUACCAGUCCACCAUCAAGCAGGGCGAUCUGCUUUUGAACCGCAUCCAGAAGCUCAGCCGAGUCAUCAGCUUGUAACCUAGCUGUCGCCCGCCGCUGUUCUUGUGCCUGGCUUCCGUGUGGCAACCACCCGUAUAUGCAUGACCAAUACAGGCACCAUGAUUGUUUGGCAUAAAA